CUGGCGGACUGAGAGAGUUCCACUCGCCACAUCACCGCAAGUGGAGAGAGAGAAGGAGAGAUCGAGAGGAGAAAGAGAGCGAGAGAGGGAGAGGGAGAGAGACCUGCGCAUAUCGUCAGCAGCCGCUUCUUUUGCCUCCAGCGAAAAUUCGUCAGAUCUGAGAUCACACAGGAUUUUUUUCCUCAUUCAGCCCGCCUAGAGGAAAAAAAUAUAUAUAUUGUUAGGAGGAGAAAAAAAAAGUUUGAGGAUAAAGGCGGUGGAGAUCGAAUAUUCGUUGGCGCAGCUGCUCGGUGAAAGGUCCUCAUAUUGCAGCUAUGUGUGGACGGAGCAGGACGGCCUUUCUGUGUCUGUGGGCUUACUUGCUUGUCACCAGCUGUGUAUAUGGUGCGAAAAGCUCUGCACAGAAUGGAGCACCAGGUGAACAGAAAGAUAACACAACAGUGUUCACUAAGAUCUUAGACAGUCUUCUGGAUGGCUAUGACAAUCGCCUCAGGCCAGGACUGGGAGAGCGUGUAACUGAAGUCAAGACUGACAUUUUUGUGACUAGUAUUGGGCCAGUUUCAGACCAUGACAUGGAGUACACCAUUGAUGUUUUCUUCAGACAGAGCUGGAAGGAUGAAAGGUUAAAGUUCACAGGCCCCAUGGCUGUGCUGCGCCUCAACAACCUGAUGGCCAGCAAGAUCUGGACCCCUGACACCUUCUUCCACAAUGGCAAAAAGUCAGUGGCCCACAACAUGACAAUGCCAAACAAGCUGCUCCGAAUUACAGAGGAGGGCACCCUGCUGUAUACCAUGAGGCUUACGGUCAGAGCAGAAUGCCCCAUGCACCUGGAAGAUUUUCCAAUGGAUGCUCAUGCUUGUCCACUCAAGUUUGGCAGCUAUGCUUACACUCGAGCAGAGGUGGUGUAUGUGUGGACCAGAGGGGCAGCCCAAUCUGUGGUGGUGGCAGAGGAUGGCUCCAGAUUAAACCAGUAUGAUCUGAUGGGGCAGAGUGUGGAUUCUGGUGUGGUGCAGUCCAGCACAGGAGAGUAUGUCGUAAUGACAACCCACUUCCACCUGAAGAGGAAAAUUGGUUAUUUUGUGAUCCAAACGUACCUGCCAUGCAUCAUGACAGUCAUCCUCUCCCAGGUGUCGUUCUGGCUCAACAGAGAGUCUGUUCCUGCCAGGACUGUGUUCGGAGUGACCACUGUCCUGACCAUGACCACACUCAGUAUCAGUGCCAGGAACUCUCUCCCUAAAGUGGCCUAUGCCACAGCUAUGGAUUGGUUCAUUGCCGUCUGCUACGCUUUCGUGUUCUCAGCCCUCAUCGAGUUUGCCACAGUCAACUACUUCACCAAGAGGGGCUAUGCCUGGGAUGGAAAAAGUGUGGUGCCAGAGAAGCAAAAGAAGAAGAAGGAGUCACUCCUGAAGAAGAACAACACGACAGCUUACCCAGCUGCCACAGCUACAGCCUUCGCCCCCAAUAUUGCCAGGGACCCUGGAUUGGCCACAAUUGCCAAAAGUGCACCACCACCCCCAACUGAGCCCAAGGAGGAGCCAAAGCCCAAACCUCCAGAGGCCAAGAAGACCUUUAACAGUGUGAGCAAGAUUGACAGGAUUGCCAGAAUAGCUUUCCCUUUGCUCUUUGGAACCUUUAACUUGGUCUAUUGGGCGACCUACUUGAAUAAGAAGCCCAAAUUACAGGGGGUCAAUCCACACUAAUCCAUGUUUCAUUUCUUUUAAUUGAUACCUGUAAUUACUUCUUUUUUCUUUCUUAUUCCUCUUUAAAAAAAAAAAAGAAAGUGUUUCAUUUCAGACAAACAUGGUGUUCAUGCCUGUUUGAACUCUCGGUUGUUGCAUCGCUUCUAUGUUUCAACUGAAUUUUGAAAAGUUUGAAAAACGAAACAAAAUAGAGAAAAUGUAUGAUAAUAAUGCAGAAUACUGAAGUGGUUUUGAUUGGGAUGGUUAUGAUGAUCCUAUAAAAAUGCUACUAUAAUUAUAUUGCUGACAGAAUGCUAUUCUAUGUCUACACAUCACCCAAAAUUAUCCAGGGGCUUGGUUUUUGUGUUUAUUUACUUAUUUAUGUAUGUAUUUAUUUAUUUAUUAUUUACUAAUUAAAUCACAGACAUGAUGAAAGAUGCCUGUAUACUGUAUGCAUGGGCAGGACAGUCUAUUGACUUAUUUAUUUAUGUUUUUUAUUUGAUUGACUGAAGGCUUUGUUCAGUUGAUGUGACCUGAAAAAGUGGAGUCUGUCAAAAUAUCUUCCAUUGUCUGUAGAUGUUCUGUGAGGUUAAUUACAUCAUUUUAAAAACUCUGUUAGGGUUUCUGCAAUAGCAAUAAAAUGUCUCAGUGGACACAUCAUGUACUUAAGGAAUGAAAAAAAUUCAUUACCUUCAAAACAAUUAUAAUUUCCCUAGCUUUGUAAAUAUUAAGUGAUAGAGAUGUCAAUAUAUUAUGUUUAAGCUUUGCGGAGUGUUACAAAAAGGUUUUAUUAUCAAAAACAUUGAAAUCUUUUAUUUAUUUUUAUGUGUUUUUACUUUAAAAAUAAUGGUCUGAAUCACACUUGAGUUAGUUGCUUGGAAAGUAAACGAUCCAUGCAAAGCUGUUUUUGUUCAAUUAACAGCUCCAGCAAAAGCGAUUAUAAAUGGGAUCGGCUAGAACUGAGUGAGAAUGUAAAAAUUAUUGUAAAUCCUGGAGUGCAUUUUACACUGGGAAAUGAAGCACUUGUCCUGAGCUUUCUUUGACUUUUUAUUCAUUUAUUUGGUUUUUGGUUUUUAUGGAAGAGACACCAGACCUUCAGUUGUGAGUCCUCGUUUGUCAAAAUCCCACAAGGUACACUUAGCAUCAUGUAAGUAUGGGCGGGGCACACUAAAAAGGAAAAGUGCCUUUUCCAUUCUCAGAGCUAUAGCUGGAACAGCGACCACUUUGUUGAUCAAUGGCGCAUCUGUAUCUUCCAUGCCACUGUGUCCCCUGUUUGCCAUAGUCCUAUCUCCAUUCAGUUGAAAAUUGAGAUACAACACUCAGAAAGUACCAGCUGCACUGCCUUCAGUAUC